GCGUGGACAGCGUGUUAUUAUUCCAGCUGACAACGAUGAAGUUUUCAUUCAACCUAAAUAUUUUUUAAGUUUUUAUCAAGAAUUAAAUUAAAACCCCACCUCAAUGACCUUCCUGGGCAGCUGGAAAAAUUCUAAUUUAAUUUCAUCUCUGCCUCUUUAGUUGCAAACAGAACGGAGUGCAGCACCUGCACUCAUCAUCCGAGACCAACGACCUCCAAAAAUCCGUCUUCUCCAAAAUGUUACCACUUUCCCACAAAGAUGCCCCUCAAUCGUUGUCCUCCCGGCUGCAGCAGAAGGUCAAAGGAUGGAUUCGACUCAUCUUCGCAGACAAAAACUCGCGCAAUCUGUUCCUCUUUCUCAUGCUCAACCUGUCGUUUGCCUUCGUGGAGCUCACUUACGGCGUUUGGACAAACUCGCUGGGACUUAUUUCGGACUCCUUCCACAUGUUCUUCGACUGCACUGGCCUGCUGGCUGGCCUUGUGGCUUCGGUCAUCACAAAGUGGAGGGCCAACGAGAAGUAUUCCUUUGGAUAUGUUAGAGCAGAGGUCCUUGCUGGAUUUGUGAACGGCCUCUUUCUGCUGUUCAUUGCUUUCUUCAUCAUGUCCGAAGCUGUCGAAAGACUGAUCGAGCCUCCCGAGGUCAAACACGAGAGACUCUUGGUGGUUUCGGUGCUCGGCUUUAUCGUUAACCUGAUCGGCAUUUACGCCUUCCAACAUGGUCACGGCCACAGUCACGGGGGUGGCGGCCACGGCCACUCGCACGGAGGUGGCCACACACAUGACGCACACCACGGCCACUCCCAUGGAGAACCAAAUGGCCACAGUCACAAUCAACAUGGUCACUCGCACGACCUCCCCGUUUCGGGCGCAAACUCGCAAAUCAUGAAGGGUGUUUUCCUUCACAUCCUGGCCGACACCCUGGGCAGCGUGGGGGUUAUCGUUUCGGCAAUCCUGAUGCAAAUGUUCGGGUGGAUGAUUGCAGACCCCAUCUGCUCCAUGUGCAUUGCAAUUCUCAUCGCUCUCAGUGUGCUUGCACUUAUUAAGGAAUCAGUACAGGUGCUGAUGCAGCGUCAGCCAUCGUCACUGGACCACAUCUUGCCAGGCUGUUACUCCAAAGUGAACCAGUUGGAAGGAGUGCUGAGCGUGCAGGAGCCACACUUCUGGACUCUGUGCAGUGACAUGUUUGUUGGUGCGCUCAAGGUCGAGGUCGCCCGAAACGCCGACCCCAAAUACAUUCUUACCCACACGCACAACAUCUUCAACGCAGCCGGCGUUCGGCAGCUCUACGUUCAGUUGGACUUUGCCGCAAUGUGAGAGGCCUCGGAGCCACCAACCUCGGCCAAAGCAGGGUGCUUCCUUAUUUCUUAGGUUGCAUUCCACGACUAACAGUUCAUUCCUGUUGAAUUUUUCAAUCUUUUUUUAUAUUUUUCUAUUGUUGAAUAUUUCGUAAAAUGAGAAAGAAUUUAGAUUUGAAAAUGCAUUCAGCUGUUUUUACUGAAGUCAUCUUCUUUGAGAAUUAAUCUUGCUCAUAGAAAGAUUAGCAAAAAGUUUUGAUUUACUUUUCUGAAUUCCCAAAUUGCCCCUACCCUGUCGAGCAUUUAUAUCUUUUCGUAUUCCAUAAUUAUGUAUGCAUACUUUUCCUUUGCUAAAUUAGAGAACAGAUUAGUGCAAGCUGCAACUUAACUUGCAACGACGGAGCUUUAAUGUUGUAGACGUGAGAAGUAUUCAAUUUAAAACCUGCUGAAUGGCCGGCAAUGCUUGUUGUUUUCUGAUGCGAGAGUGCAAUUUUGAAAAGUACGAGAUUUGUGAUCGUAACUUUCAAUGAGCGAGAAUUCAAAGCGCUGAAAUUGUGUGCUCCUUAAUUGGUGCAUUUAAUUGUGAUACAGGUACUUCCACACAUGAUGAUUUUCUUCUUAAUUAUUCAUAUUAUAUUUUGUGUGCAUGUUAAAAAUGUUGUUCCAUGCUUUUAUUGUUAUAUGACCAUCCAGGAAUCAAUUUGUUUGAUAUAAAAAAAUGUGCAUUCCGUUUAUUUAAAUGUCAAUUGCUUAUCUGUGAAGAGCGAAAUGUGUGCCCAUGACUAUCAUUCAUUAUUUGUACUAUUCGUAUAUGUGUAAAUGGAAUUUACAUCACUGGUCUUUAAUAAGUUGAGAACAAAUCAUUUUCCUCCCAAUUUGCAAUUAUUCAUUAUAGACGUGUCCACUGGAAAAUGUGUCAACUGCUGUUAUUUGUGAAUUGUCUGUAAUGUUACACACAAUGAAAAAUUCAAAACUUAAAAAAAUCAUAAUUAUUAAUAUAAAAAAUCGCUUAAAAUAAGCUUUUGUAGUUUUAAUA